CAGGCUGCAGUCAGCUCCGGGGCUCAGACCGGCUGCUCCUCGCUUCCUGCUGUGGCCGUCCGUCCCCAGUCCAUGUGUCGUCCAGGGACUGUCGCCCGUGAGGCCGGGACUGCUGGAAGACGCUUCAUCACGUGGAGACGGGAGCACGUCCGAGCUGCUACAUCAGGAAUAGCAGUAAGCACACAGUGACAUGAGCUGAGGAAUGAAGAAAAUGUCGGUCAGCAUACAUGAGAACCGCAAGUCCAGAGCCAGUACUGGCUCUAUGAACAUCUACCUGUUCCACAAGUCGUCUUAUGCUGACAAUGUGCUAACACAUCUUAACCUAUUAAGACAGCAGUGCCUCUUCACCGAUGUCUUAUUACUGGCGGGAAACCGGUCUUUUCCCUGCCAUCGUGCUGUCCUUGCUGCUUGCAGUCGCUACUUUGAAGCAAUGUUUAGUGGAGGUCUUAAAGAAAGCCAAGCCAAUGAGGUGAACUUUCACAAUGCAAUCCACCCAGAAGUUUUAGAACUCCUUUUGGAUUACGCAUAUUCUUCCAGAGUCAUAAUAAAUGAAGAAAAUGCUGAAUCCCUUCUGGAAGCUGGAGAUAUGUUGGAGUUUGAGGACAUUAGAGAUGCAUGCGCUGAGUUCUUAGAGAAGAACCUUCAUCCAACCAACUGUCUAGGUAUGCUUCUCCUGUCCGAUGCUCAUCAAUGUACCAAACUGUACGAACUGUCUUGGAGAAUGUGCCUUACCAACUUCCAAACCAUCUGCAAAACGGAAGACUUUCUACAGUUACCCAAAGAGUUUGUUGUCAAAUUGUUAUCACAUGAAGAACUGGAAACUGAAGAUGAGAGGAUGGUGUACGAGUCUGCAAUGAACUGGAUUAAUUAUGAUCUAAAUAAACGUCACUGUUACUUAAGUGAGCUGCUCCAGACUGUACGAUUAGCCCUGUUACCAGCCAUAUAUCUCAUGGAGAAUGUAGCUAUGGAGGAACUGGUCAUUAAGCAGAAAAAAAGCAAAGAACUUGUAGAAGAAGCAAUUAGGUGUAAGUUAAAAAUAUUGCAAAAUGAUGGAGUGGUGACAAGUAUGUGUGCGAAGCCUCGCAAAACCGGCCAUGCUUUGUUUCUCCUGGGCGGACAGACUUUCAUGUGUGAUAAAUUAUACCUGGUUGACCAGAAGGCAAAAGAAAUUAUACCCAAAGCAGACAUUCCAAGUCCGCGCAAAGAAUUCAGUGCAUGUGCAAUUGGCUGCAAAGUAUAUAUCACUGGUGGAAGGGGUUCAGAGAAUGGGGUUUCAAAGGAUGUGUGGGUCUAUGACACACUUCAUGAGGAGUGGUCAAAGGCUGCACCAAUGCUGGUAGCACGGUUUGGCCAUGGGUCUGCUGAACUAAAACAUUGUUUGUAUGUAGUGGGUGGGCACACAGCAGCAACUGGCUCACUCCCUGCAUCUCCAUCAGUGUCCUUAAAACAAGUGGAACAAUAUGACCCAUCAACCAACAAGUGGACCAUGGUAGCUCCUCUCCGAGAAGGUGCUAGCAAUGCUGCUGUAGUUAGUGCGAAGCUUAAAUUAUUUGCCUUUGGUGGGACUAGUGUUAGUCACGAUAAGUUGCCCAAGGUUCAAUGUUAUGAUCCUUCUGAAAACAGAUGGAGUGUACCAGCCACUUGUCCACAGCCAUGGCGCUACACGGCUGCAGCUGUUCUCGGAACCCAGAUCUUUAUCAUGGGAGGGGAUACUGAAUUCUCUGCGUGUUCAGCUUAUAAAUUCAACAGUGAAACCUAUCAGUGGACUAAAGCUGGAGAUGUGACAGCCAAGAGAAUGAGCUGUCAUGCAGUAGCAUCUGGCAAUAAACUGUUCGUAGUUGGAGGCUACUUUGGAAUUCAGAGGUGCAAAACAUUGGACUGUUAUGACCCAACAAUUGACGCUUGGAACAGCAUAACUACAGUACCUUACUCCCUUAUCCCCACGGCAUUUGUGAGCACAUGGAAACAUCUGCCAUCUUAAAGCACUGACUGGCAUGAUGGACCUCAGCUGUGAAGAUUCGAGGCCAGCUCUUAGAGGAACAUGACAAAAGGACUUUUGAACUUAACAGAAGACGUUUGCCAAUCCCCGCACUCUCCCUCCUGCAGCUGGUGAUUCUGGCCGUCCAGCAGCAGCAGAAACGGUUAAGAUUUUUCUGAACUGAAGAUUUUUAUUUUUUUGGUCUCGUUGUGCUUCAGAUAUCAGUAUUAACUCGCUAAGAUCAGAAUCCAAUGUAUCACAAGGAAAAUGUUUUAAUGGCUUUGUAUGUGGAACCCCUGGGAGCCUGUUUAAUAUGUCUGCAGUGCUUGAAUCCAUCUGGACAGUUCUCUCUAUGGACGAGUUUAUCAUCUGAUAGAAAUGUCAGCACCAGCUGUGGGGGAAGCUGGAGGGUUCCAAGUAGCAAAGAUGUCAGGUUGCAUACAGUCCUAGCCGUGCAUAUCUUGACUUAAGACUACACAAGUGCGCCAUGCCACGGGCAUUUUCUAAAUUCGCGGUUUAACGCAUUCUCAAGAUUAACAAAGCAGAAAACCACAACUGUAACCUAGCCAGAAGAAAAAAAAAAAACUGUGAACAAAUAUUGGAUGUCUUAUUACCCAGAAUCCAUUGCCAUUUCAUUUGCCUAUUUAUAUAUGACUUUGUCAUUACAUUCCCAGUUGUCUAUUUAUUGUGCUGUCUGCAUGCUGAUACAAUGCUUGUAGUUGUAUUGACAUGUGAAGGGCCAUGAUUGUAUGUUUGAAGACCACUCCCAACAUUUCAGCACGGUGUAUUUAGGUGCCUGCAUGCAGCAUUGCAAACUGUGUACUCUUCGGUGUUUGACCAGAUCUUCAUACUAAGAAUGACGAAAUGUGUUAUCUGGUUUCAGGAGUAAAAAAAAAAAAAUGAUAGAAUUGCACGUGUAGCAGGGCUGAAUUUGCCAUUUCUUUAGUUGCAUUUUUGGCAGACUAAGCCUGGACAAGCCCUUUCCAUAUGGACUAUUCUGAUCUUUCAAUGCCGUACACAGUUUCCUCAAUCAAAUUUUAUGAUCAAUGGGGUGUAGAGAGUCCAGUUCCAUGUGGUCAACUGAUUAUGAGCACAUCUUUUUUUCAGUUGGACAACACAUCUUGAUAUGAGUUGUACCUAAUGACACCUCAGCUCUGCUAUAUUGGUAGCUAGCCGUAGCCGUCUCUGCUGCUAUGUAAAAAAACCUGCAGACUUGUGACAGGCUGGUUAACUUACAUAAUGUGAAACCCUAUGGUUAUCAUGAGCUAUGGCUCUGAGGCAAGGAUGCUGAAUGGGUAUUACAACCAUCCAUCUCCUCAGAUUGCAUGCGUUCUUCUGACUUGCAUAUUUUUGGUGCGAUAGUGGGGCAAUCUUCUUAAAGGAACAGAACUGGAUCCCCUUUAUGAGCCUUGAGCCAGUUUCACAUGAGUCUAAUCAGUCCGGAAAACGUGCACCAUGUUGGGAGCUGUAUUUCCUAGACUGAACAUUGCUUCUCUGAAGCGGACUUGCAGCAUCCUAAUGAUUAUGAUGCUGUGAAUUUCUGUGUCACCGCAGGUCUACUAAACUGUAGUCACAUAAUGCAGUGACUACAGUACAGUGGACCUGCGGUGAGAUGGGAAUUCACAACAUCAUAAAUCAUUAGGAUGCUGCAAUAUUCAGUCUGGGAAAUACAGCUCCCACAUGGAGUGUGUUUCCCAGACUGAAUAUGCUUGUGUGAAACUGGCCAUAGUAAAGAGUGACUACCAAGCAUUGGAUCUGGGUCUGGCGGACUCGGUCUGUCCAUGAUCGCAUGGUCACAAGUAAUAUUACAUUUUCCAUGUAGAUGCAGUCUCAGGAGUCGGACGUACACUGAUCAGCUGCUCUCCAAUUAAAGGUGUCUGUGUGAACAAUGCAAUAUUAACAUAGUUUUCAACCACAAAGCCUACAUUUACAGAGUCAAUAAUCUUCCAUCAAGCCCAACACCUAGUCUGAGCCCAGAUCAGAUUUUCGGAAUAAACCGUCUCUAAUCGCCAAUGUGAUGUGAAUGUUGUCAGUGUUGAAACUGGAGCUGGAGUGUCCGGUUCAUGUAAAGGGUGAAGAAUGCCUGGCUGGAGCUCUUCCUUGCAGCUAUAUAAAUGUGACUGUUCACAGAUAUGUAUCACAGCUGCUUCCCCUAUAUUUCCCUCCUUCUGAAGGCACAAACAUUAGCAGCCUGCACGAUGAAGGGCCCUUGGUAAUGAUUAUUAAGUGACAAGUGAGUGGAUUUCACAAAGAUGUCCUACAAAAGCGGCACCUGAAAUGCACACACUACACACUCUGUGUCCAUGUCCUACUACUCCUGGUUCCAGUAUAUAGAGAUGCUAAAAGUAUCUCGUAAACUGGAGUUGCAAUGUUGCAAAGGUAAAAAUACAACUGUAAUGGAAUCGGCAUAAAGGUCGAGGAAGACUAGGAAGGAGAGCACAGCCUCUUCAGAUGAAGCUGUAACAAGACCUGUACUUUAAUUACACACAGUGGUAAAAUAAGAAGCAGUGGAGGUCACUUUCUCAGGCCAUCCACCGGGCAGGUCGCACGUCGUCCUCUUCUUUGUAUAAACUUGUUGGCACAUAGUGUCUGUACAGUGUUAUUCUGCGUUUACCGGGAAGCCACCAAUGGUUCACCCUUGCUUUCUGGUAAAUACUUUGUCGUCAUUGUCGUCUUUUGUAUAGCUGUUGAUCGUCUGCUUGUCGGAUCACUAUUGACCUCCUGCAAAUGUAUUUAUUUAUUUAUGGAAAUUUCUUGGUUUUUGCCAAAGCCGUUCGUUUUGUACGUGUUUUCUCGUUCCGCUCUAUACUUGUUGCAUUUUCUUUUCAAGUGAAUUUGUGGUAAGAAAAUAAUAAAAUUGCACUGUUUCAUUA